GGUGUGCGACCCGCGAUUUCCUCAUUGAGAUGCAGUCAGAAAUUCUUUUCUGAACAUGUUUAACGCAACACAGGUGCUUGAAUGGAGAAGUUUGUAACUCGGCAGAGAAAGACACCAGCAGUGUCUGCUGAAAAGGAUGAAUGGAGAAAGGAGAAACCACUGAAGAAAUGCAAAGAGGAGGUGUGUGAGGUGGAAGAGGAGUUUUCUCAACCAAUCCCUUGGCAGAAGAUUGAAGCAGAGGGUCUGGACUGUGACUACAGUUUGCUGUUUCACAAAGAAGAAGCUGAUCGUCUCUUCAACCAGCUAGAAGAGGAGGUGAUUUAUUUCACAGGUGACAAGGCUAAGAUACAAGUGUAUGGAAAGGUGUACAAUGUUCCGAGGAAGCAAGCAACAUAUGGGGAAGAGGGACUGAUGUACUCUUUCUCUGGGGUCCAUCUCCUGGCCAGGCCAUGGACUCCUACUUUGGAACACAUUCGAGAUGCUGUCACCAAGGCAACUGGUCACACCUUCAAUUUUGUUUUAAUAAACAGGUAUAAAGAUGGUCAUGAUCACAUGGGAGAGCAUCGUGAUGAUGAACGGGAACUCGAUCCUGCCUGUCCAAUUGCCUCUGUGUCUCUAGGGGCUGCUCGUGACUUCAUUUUCCGUCACAAGGAUGCACGAACUGGUUCUGGCAAACGUCAGAUUGAGCCUGUGAAGUUGGAGCUUGCCCAUGGGAGUCUUCUGCUCAUGAACUGUCCCACAAACACAUACUGGUAUCACAGUCUUCCAGCACGAAAAAAGAUUAAAACGCCUCGCAUCAACCUAACUUUCAGGCGCAUUAUGAAAGGCAGAUAGAAAAGUGGCAUUAAAAUGGAGUGACAGUGUCCUACCUGGUAUCAUUAUGGAUCAUGUUAAUCAUACUACCUCAAAGAAUGAAGCUGUGCAAAAUGCAUAUUUAUCACAAGGUUCUCAUCUGGAAUAAUUUUGGCACAUGCAGACAUCUCUUGCCUACUGUGUUAUCAGUUUAGAUCACUUUGUUAGUCUUGGCAUAGCCUACUUCACUACUCUUGAAACCAGAUGUGCAGCAAAAUAGUCCUUUGAUCUCAGAACAUAAAAUUGUACUAUGAUGUUCACAACAUUCAGGUUUGAUAUUUGGUUACAAAAUGCACUUUCAUGAAUAUCCAAAGGAAAUAUUUUUUUAUUUAAAUUUUUUUUUUUAGAAAACCAAUAAACUACAUGUGGAAUAAAUAGGUUAGACACAACCAUACUUAUGUACAAGACAUUUCUAUUAUCAACUGGGAAAGAAAAACAAUAUGGUCCCAAUUAAUACAUUUUGCUAAAGUUUUAAAGAUUGAAUUACAGAAGGCAAUAGUUUGGCGACAUACUGUGGCAAAAACAUAAGGGUAGCAAAAAUGUAAUCGUAUAAAUAUAUACAUCUUAUUUUUCAAGCUGACAUAACCG